AUGAGCACCGUGCAAUCGCGCAUCUCCACCUUUGAGUCCCUCGGCGGUCGUGCGUCAGCGCCAGCACGAGCACCAUCGCCAUCGCCAUCGCCGCCGCAGCUCGGACGGAGCACAUCGCUGCUCGAUCUCAGAGACAGCGACUGGAUCGUCGACGACGGACCCGGGGCACGCACGCCGACUGCGCCGCUGAUCAGCUUUGAAGCAAAGAGCAAGACGCGGCCACCGAUAAAACCCAAGCCAGCGAGUCUGGCAGUGCCUGGGGGAGGGAAGCAGACAGCGCACGGACCAUCGUCCUCCAUCUCGUCCUUCCACUCAGUCUCCCUCUCCUCGGACACCGCGCCCGCCGAGGACGACACUACAGACGACUCUCUUGACUGGGUUCUGCCCCGCCAGCCCCCCAAGCUUCCCCAGCGGCCCCGCCCCUCCCGCCCCGUCUCCCCCGUCCUCUCCCCCGCCUCUUCCUCCAGCUCCCUGCCUUACACUCCCCGCCGCCCCGCCCCGCCGCCCCCACAGCCACUGCCCCCGCCCCUCCCCUCCCGCUCAUCAGACCGCUCCUCCAUCCGCAGCAUCGCCACCACCAACUCCUCCCUCGCUGCGAAAACAAAGCGUCCAACUCCCGUGCCCCUCGCUGCACGCAGGCGCUACGAGGCCGUCUUCACCGCCAAUGUCAUCCAGCGUCGCCGCGCACAGAAGCGCUCCUCCACUGAAAAACCUGCCCUUCUCAGCCCCGGCGAGGCACGCGGUCGUCGCGCUCUCGGCUGGCGCGGUCUCUCCAUCGAUCUCAUAACGGGCGAUGAGCUCCCAGAACCUGUAGACGAAUCAGUCGGCCCCGACGACGUCCUCGAGGCCGCCAUCGUCCGUUGCAUCUGGAAAAAGUCGCGUCUCUCCAACGCACAACUCGCCGACAUCUGGAACGAGUGCGACAUCGCAGGAAAAGGCGCCCUCAACAUCGAUGCGUUUGUAAAGGGCAUGUGGCGCAUAGACGAAGAGCUCCGUCGCGCCCAAACCCACGCCAUCAAGUCCGCCACCAACGGCGCAGCGACCUACCGCUCCAACAGUCUGCGCUCGACCAGCAGCGCACAUCGACAGCACCAUUCUCAUAGACCGCGCGACAUUCUACGCUGA